AGGCGUGUCGCACACUCGCACACUCGCACUCCGCCUUCCCUCGCUAGUCGCUUAUCACGGCGGCGGCGGCGGAAGCGGAAGACGCAGGGAGGACGCAAGGCGGAAGCACCGUCUCCGCCUUGCGGCUGCUCCACUCCUCCCCACUUCCCCCGCGCGGCUGCCUCGCCAUCUCUUAAGCUUUGGGCGAGGGGAAGGCCGGAAGGAAUGGCGGUGGCUGGAGCGAGAGGCGGCGGGGAGGGCGAGGAGCUGCUCCUCCGCUCCGUGGAGGAUAGGGGCGGGGCUGGGGACGAAGGGGGCAGCUUGUGCGUGGGGGAGCGGCCGUGGCGCCUCAACUUCGACGGGUUCCGCCGCCCGGAGGCGCAUCAAGAGAAGCCCGCGCGCGGCCUCCAGGACUGCCUCGGCAUGCUAGCGCAAGGCCCUGGAGAUGAUGUUGCAGAAUACUACCAACAGCAACUGGAAAUGCUGGAAUGUUUUAAUGAAAUGGAUACACUGACAGACCGUGGUUUCCUUCCUGGAAUGUCCAAGGAAGAGCGUGAAAGGAUUGCACGAAGCGAGACAUUAGCCAUCCGAUUAUCUAACAUUGCAAACAUGGUUCUUUUUGCUGCAAAAGUUUAUGCCUCGAUUAGGAGCGGUUCCCUAGCUAUUAUUGCUUCCACGUUGGAUUCUCUACUUGACUUGUUAUCUGGGUUCAUCUUGUGGUUUACUGCCUUUUCUAUGCAAACACCAAACCCAUACAAAUACCCAAUUGGUAAAAGGCACAUGCAACCUUUGGGUAUACUAGUUUUUGCUUCUGUAAUGGCAACGCUUGGCCUUCAAAUUAUCCUAGAAGCCACACGCUCAUUGGUAUCAGACGGAGAUGGAUUCCACUUGACAAAAGAGCAGGAAAAAUGGGUUGUGGAUAUUAUGCUUUCAGUGACAUUGGUGAAGCUUCUCCUGGUUAUAUAUUGCCGCUCAUUUACCAAUGAAAUUGUGAAGGCCUAUGCACAGGAUCACUUUUUUGACGUCAUCACCAAUGUUAUUGGGCUUGUGGCUGCACUUCUUGCUAAUUAUUUCAAAGGCUGGGUCGACCCAGUUGGUGCUAUUAUUCUAGCGAUCUACACAAUCAGGACUUGGUCGAUGACAGUGCUAGAAAAUGUCCACUCCCUGGUCGGCCAAUCUGCUCCACCAGAGUAUCUUCAGAAGCUUACCUACCUCUGUUGGAACCAUCACAAGGCUGUGAGGCACAUUGACACGGUGCGGGCAUACACAUUUGAUUCCCACUACUUCGUCGAGGUGGACAUUGUUCUUCCAUGCAGCAUGCCCUUGCGAGAGGCCCAUGAUAUCGGCGAGGCCCUGCAACAGAAGCUGGAGCGCCUGCCCGAAAUCGAGCGGGCCUUCGUCCACCUCGACUAUGAGUUCACCCACCAGCCUGAGCAUGCUCGAUCCCAUGAUACAUAGCAGACUGAAUUCCAUUGCAGAACUUCAAAAGUAUUUUAAUCACAUACUAAUGAGGUCAGAACAGCUUCAGAAUCCUGGGAGCUGCAGUAACCUGGUGGCUAAAGGAGAUUGCACGUGAUAGACUGGGAUUCAGUUGUGCAAUUUUUUUUUUUUGAUUGCCUGAUGCUGUGCUUUGGCUGGAAGUUUCUACAGGCGAGUACUAGAUAGUCAGCUUGUAUGAACCUUAUGCUUUAGGUUAUUACUCGCCUGAUCAGCUUUCGCAAUUUGAGCCUCAUGUUAACUGCUUGAUGAUGUCUGAUCCUCCAAGACUUGUACUGCCAUCAAUCAGGCCAUUCUGCUCGGUGCGAGUUUCUGCUGCCCGUUAGGAUUAUGAGAACAGCAUAGCUCCAGUAGGAGGUCACACCGUUUUCUGCCGAAUUUUUACGAAAUUCCUGUUUCGCAAACAUGCUCUGAUUAGGAUACUGGAUACAUUCAAACAGAGACUGUCCGAUGGAAGGCCACUGUAAUGUCACAAAUUAGUGAUAAGACACUAAGGGUCUGUUUGGAAGAGGGGUUGCUUUAGGUAAUUUUAAAAUUUAGUUAAGGUUUGUAUUUAAAUCCUAGGAA